CAAAUAUCAAUAUCAAUUAUCGCUGCAGAGCAUCUCACAUAAUCGUUCGGCCGAUGAUUACAACGUUGACCAAGAAGACCUUAACGUAUACUUCAUGCUAUUGUGAGGAAAACAUUUAUAUGCUAUGUAAGGAACUGAAGCGCAUAGCACCUAAUGAAUUGGAGAAUUGCACCGUUGUUUUCAUCAGCAAUUCGAAUCGAUCCAUUCCGAUGUGGAUGCAGGCUUCUUCAGUGAAUGGGUCUCCUGUUAUAUGGGAUUACCAUGUCAUUCUUAUGUACCAUGAUUAUGCUGCAUCCUCGUCGUGCAUUUAUGAUUUUGAUACUCGACUGCCAUUCCCAUGUGAUACUGCAAGAUAUAUUAAAGCAAGCUUUCGUCCGGAACUGCAACUAAAGGAUGAAUUCAUAAGAUACUUCAGAAUGGUUCCUGCAGCAACUUAUCUAGCUUAUUUUGCAUCAGAUCGAAGUCACAUGUUGACGACUUCAGGUGUAUAUAUUAAGCCUCCACCAACAUAUAUACCAAUUGCUACCAAAGAAAAUAUCAUGACUCUUCCUCAAUUUAUCAAUAUGGAGCAUUAUAAAAAUAGUGAACAAUAUGGAACUGUCAUCUCUGAAUUUCAGUUUUUUAGUUUAAUUUCUUAGUUCUUAUUACUGAAGUUGGCGAAAUCAAGAUGGAAAAUGAGGUACAAGCUCUCAGAGCCGCGCUUUAUUUUUCUUUUCUAGUAAAGGAUAUAAUGAUAACAAGCCGUACACCCGCUGUGCAAUGGAUGCCACCUGCUACUGGACGCCACCCCCUUACAUUGAGCGACAUUCGUCAGACAAAAGCCUAAUGCAUACGGCAU